UUUUUUUGGCCUCUCUCUCAUGUGUUGUCCUUGGUCUCUUCCUCACUCUCUCAACCACCGAUCCUUCAACUUUAACUCCAACUUCAAUCCCAAUUCACCCUCUUCUUCUCAAUCUCAACAUCAACCCCUCCCUCCCGACCUCACCUCCAAGCAGCUUCUCGACACCCUUCGUUGCCAGAAGGAUGAGUCCUCCGCGCUUCGCAUCUUCGACUGGGCCUCGAAACAGCCUAAUUUCUCACCCACUACCUCCAUCUACCAGGAGAUUCUUUGUAAACUCGCCAAGGUUGGCUCUUUCGACUCCAUGACCAAUCUCCUUCUCGAUAUGAAGCGCUCCGCUUGCCCCGUCGAUAAAGAGAGUGUGGGGUGGGCUGUGGAGAGAAGAAUAUGCGUAAUCAAAUAUAAGAGUUCGACUAGGUAUACGUCUAUGGUCAUAUGUAAGAGAAGAAGCCUCUCAUGGAAGGAAAGCUCCAAUUGA